UUGCUGGUCGCAGAGUUUGGGACAGCGAAAUCCCUGCGAAUUGAUCAGUUAGACCGUUGCUCUACACCUCAAGUGUGACCGUUGUGUUGACCUCCGAAUAUCGAUACCAUUGACAGCUGUAGGUUUGAUCGUUUAAGGGUCGUAACCAGAUAAAAUUAAAAUAGAAGUGUUACAAAAGUGUCAUCGGACAGCAAAAGUUCAGUCAACCACAGCAAUGGCAAGCGGUAGCCACAGAGGAUGUCCCAUGGGCGAUCAUGCGCAUCAUGUGACGAAUGGGAAACCAUCGGUUGAUCAGGAUCCAAUGGCACAUUUUGUUAGGCCGGAUGCCCCAUCGCGCUGCACGUGGUCCCUGGGAACGCAAGAGCCAAGCCCCCAUCACCAUCAGCCUCUCGUCCAAAAAUCGAGUGUACUUUCGUCGAUUUUGGAAGCCGUUGGCGGGACACCGUUGGUAAAACUGAAUAAAAUUCCACAGUCAUUCGGGCUGAAGUGUAAUGUUUAUGCAAAAUGUGAGUUCCUCAAUCCAGGCGGCUCUGUCAAGGACAGAAUCGGCGUGCGCAUGGUGCUGGAAGCGGAACGCAAAGGUCUACUGAAGCCUGGCUGCACAAUUAUUGAGCCGACGUCCGGCAACACUGGUAUCGGAUUGGCAAUGGCGGCCGCCGCGAAGGGCUACCAUUGUAUCAUCGUGAUGCCGGAGAAAAUGUCGAACGAAAAAGUUGACACCCUAAAGGCGCUCGGAGCGGAAGUAAUCCGCACUCCCACGGAGGCCGCAUUCGACUCACCGGAAGGGCUGAUCGCGGUUUCACAGCGACUCCAGCGUUCGAUACCGGACUCGAUCAUUCUCGACCAAUACCGGAACGCCGGUAACCCGCUGGCGCACUACGACGGUACGGGGGCAGAAAUCGUAGAACAACUGGGUGGCAACGUGGACAUGGUCGUCAUCGGUACUGGUACCGGUGGUACCAUGACUGGUAUCGGGCGCAAAAUCAAGGAGUCAUGUCCUUCCUGUAAGGUGAUCGCUGCUGAUCCGGAGGGAUCGAUUUUAGCCGAACCAGAGGAGCUUAACCGAACGGACGUCAACUUUUACGAGGUCGAGGGUGUUGGGUACGACUUUCUUCCAACGGUGCUUGACCGCGGUGUCGUCGACAGAUGGUACAAGUUCAAUGAUCGCGCCGCAUUGCCACUGGCACGUCGUUUGAUUCGAGAAGAAGGACUGUUGUGUGGCGGCAGUAGCGGUGGUAAUCUAUUCGUGGCGCUCGAGGCGGCCAAAGGCCUGACGGAGGAACAAAACUGUGUCGUGAUUCUUCCGGACAACAUCCGCAACUACCUCACGAAGUUCGUCUCAGAUAACUGGAUGGAGGCUCGUGCUUUCAAGCAGUCCAUCAAUGUACACAAUCACACGUGGUGGAAUGAGAAGAUAUCCUCCAUCAAUAUAUCGACCCCUAUUACAGUGAACGACAACACCUGCAUCGAAGACGCUAUUGCUCUGUUGAAGCAACAUAAAAUGAAUCAAGUUGCGGUACUAGACCGCGUGGGUGCAAUCAAUGGCGUCAUCUAUUUGCCCAAUCUGAUGAGUAAGCUGUUGAAUUGCCUAGCAAAACCGACCGAUUCAAUUCGGCGCGCUAUAUUCAAGCAGUUUGUCAAAGUUGACCAUCAAGAAACCAUUGGCAGAACGUCGCGCAUUUUGGAAAAGGAUGCUUUCGUCGUGGUCACCCGCAAGGAGCGAUCUGAAACCAAGCAGCAAGAAUUGCUGGUGGGAAUUCUUACGCAACAGGACAUAUUUGAUUUUGUGGUUGGCCAAUUGAACAGUGUUGCCAAUGGUAAAUGAAACGAUAAAAGGGAUAAUGUUGUUACUUUCUAUUCCAACUACAUGAAACAACUCAACGGGUGUACGUCCGUUUUACGUUACGAAACUGUACCUUCUUAUCGUCAGAUGAGUGAAGCGGUAUCAUUCUGCGCAUUUUAAUAAAGA